UUCCACCACAUCUAACAAUGCCUGGUGUGGUGGAAAUAGUUUCUAGUCAUUUGGUAACGUGAAGAACAAGAAUCAUCAAGGAUUCGAGGACAUCCUGUGCACGGUUGAAGCUUUGAGAGGAUGCUUUCUCAACAGGGCACGGGUGAAGGUGCUCGUGCCGUCCCUCUGGCAGGCCAUGUCGGCUUUGACAGCAUGCCCGACCAGCUGGUCAACAAGUCUGUCAACCACGGAUUCUGCUUCAACAUCCUCUGUGUUGGGGAGACAGGUCUGGGGAAGUCCACCCUGAUGGACACGUUGUUCAACACCAAGUUUGAGGGCGAGCCCACUCAGCACAACCAGCCGGGAGUCACGCUCAAGUCCAACACCUACGAACUCCAGGAGAGCAACGUGCGCCUCAAGCUCACUGUUGUCAACACUGUAGGCUUCGGAGACCAGAUCAAUAAAGAACAAAGCUACAAGUCCAUUGUGGAGUUUAUUGAUGCCCAGUUUGAGGCAUAUCUGCAGGAAGAACUGAAAAUCAAGCGCACGCUACACAGCUACCACGACACCCGCAUCCACGCAUGUCUGUACUUCAUCGCUCCCACGGGACACUCGCUCAAAUCUCUCGACUUGGUGACCAUGAAGAAACUCGAUAGCAAGGUCAACAUAAUCCCAAUCAUCGCCAAGUCAGACGCCAUCUCCAAGAGCGAGCUGGCCAAGUUCAAAAUCAAAAUCACCAGCGAGCUGGUCAGCAACGGAGUGCAGAUCUACCAGUUCCCCACUGACGAUGAGUCUGUGGCAGAGAUCAACUCCACCAUGAACAGCCAUUUGCCGUUUGCAGUCGUGGGGAGCACAGAGGAAGUGAAGAUCGGGAACAAGAUGGUGAAGGCCCGGCAGUACCCAUGGGGGACAGUGCAGGUGGAAAAUGAGAAUCACUGUGACUUCGUCAAACUGCGAGAAAUGCUGAUCAGAGUGAACAUGGAGGACCUGCGAGAGCAGACUCACACACGCCACUAUGAGCUGUACCGCCGCUGCAAACUGGAGGAGAUGGGAUUUAAGGACACAGACCCCGACUGCAAGCCCUUCAGUCUGCAGGAAACGUAUGAAGCUAAGAGGAACGAGUUCAUGGGUGAGCUGCAGAAGAAAGAAGAGGAAAUGAGGCAAAUGUUUGUUCAAAGAGUCAAAGAGAAGGAGGCCGAGCUUAAAGAAGCAGAGAAAGAGCUGCACGAGAAGUUCGACCGUCUGAAGAAGCUCCACCAGGACGAGAAGAAGAAAGUGGAGGAUAAGAGGAAGUCCCUGGACGACGAACUCAAUACGUUCAAACAGAAAAAGACUGCAGCAGAGCUCUUGCUGAAUCAAGCUCAGCAGGCAGGGGGCUCCACCACACUCAAGAGGGAAAAAGAGAGGAAAAAUAAUCCCUGGCUCUGCACUGAGUAGGUGCUCAACCUUCGAGCUUUGCUUGGGGAACCAGCCUUUGUCAGUUCUGAGCACCUCAAAUGUGACCAGAGGCUUUUUGGACUCCGUCCUUCAGGGUUUUCUUAAUCAUUAUCUGCUCUUGCUUUAAGAUGGGUUCAUGUGUAUUUGUGUUUCACUGCUACUCUAACUUCACCUCAGGCCAUCUGAACCUUGCUUUAUUGCUUCUAUGUGUGAGUGCGUGUCCUGUUUUUUGCUGAGACUAACACCCUUUUCCACUUGGGUUGUGAUUGAGAUUACGUGCACACUUGUUUGAUUGUAGUAUUUGGAAAGCACAUUGAUUUUGGCUUACGCACGGAUCACAUUCAAGUAGAUACUCGUGUGGAAUUGGCGCACAAAAAUGUAUUCACUGCUUUAAAAAAUAGUCUGUGGGCACAAUAUUCUCUUGUUAUUCACAUUUCGUGUUGUUAAAUGACAAAUCACAGGCACUUUACUGCCUGAUUGUGUAUUUAUGAUCACCUUUGUCCUUCCUGAUAUCUAAUGCACUUUUAAAGCUUUGACCCUCACGUUUUUGUCCUGCUUUGCCCACCUCUCCUAACUGCCGGCUUUCUUUCUCUUUGUCUCUUCAGCUUCUUUUAAUCUGUCUUGGCCACCUGAAGAGGGGAUUGCAGCUUCGGCCAGAACUAAGCACCCUUUACCUCUUCCAGUUUUCUCUCGCUGUAUCAACCUUUUGUAUUUUCUCCGCCAUCCCAUCUGUUUUUGUUAAAUAUGGCCUUAUGUGGACUCUCAUGGUAUUUCUGACCACCCAAUGAAGAUCUAGACUGAGGCAUUUAGGGAACCGGGCACAAUUUAGUUAAAAUCUGCUAUGUCUUAAUGUAAAUAAAGCAACUCUUGUAGUUCAAAGAAGUCACCAGUAGGGGAUUUACACAUUUACAGGACUGGAGGACUUGAAGAAAAAUUGCAUUAACCGACACCGAGCACUCAUCUUCGUAGGAUUCUUCAAUAAAAAGUUAAUAUUAGAGUUUAACGCACACUGAAAACAGAAAAUGUCUUUGCCAACUUAAAACGUGCUUCAGUUGUUAACACAUCAAUUUAAAUUAUUUCAAAUUUAAGUUAUGGAUUGUGUUAUCAAUGUGUUUUUUAAGUUGGUAAACAAUUGCGAUUUGUUAAUAUGGGCUAUACAAAUAAAAUUUGAUUGAUUAUAAUGUACAGAAUAAUGAGACGUGUUGUUUUCUCUCACCCAGUCUGGUUAAAAAUUCAAAUCUCCUGCUUCCAGGAUUUCUGAAAAUGGAAAAUUAAACACCAGUGUUAAAUUACAGUCAUAAUCAUGCUAAUGCCAAAACAAUAUUUGUACCUAGCACUUCAUUUUAAGGUGCCCAUGUUUACAUGUCACUGUUGAAUACCAUGGAGGUCACAUGUCAUGGCCUUUAAUUACACACUGUGCUUUAAUAUUCACAGGCCUAUCCUAUAGUUUGCAUGCAUCUUUUGAUUCGGUUACUGCUGUGAUCUUUUACCUGCUUGUUUUUAUCCCCUAAUAACUCAAGUUUUGCAGUUUACUGCAACUUCAUUGUUGUUUUUUAAAACGGUGCAAAUGAUUAAUGUAUAUUUUAUCAGCUCCCAUUUUGCCAAAUAUUAGAAUAAGAUGAAGUUAAACUGAAUCCCAGAUAGAAUCGAGUAUUAAAAAAAUACUCCUGCAUUUAUAUAAUUUAUAAGGAUAUAUUUUGUGUAUUGAAGUGGAGACUUGUUGUUUAUUACCUAUGACCUUUGGACGUGUCUCUGAGUGUAAAGUAACAUGUUGGUGUCAGACAUUGCCAUACAUUUUUCUAGUAUCAGUCAUCACCUCUUGUAUUCAGAAAAUCUCCCAUACGACAAAUUAUUCAAUAUCUUACCUGAGUUUGAUUCCAGUGAUGUAAAUUUUCAAUAAAAAAAAUAUGAUCCAAA